GAAGUGGGAGCUGUGUGUUCUCAUGCGAACGGGAAGGAGCGUUGGGUAUCUGGAGUCCCGGGGUUGAGACAUUUUCGGGCCCGAAAGGGGAAGAAUCCGCCGCCGCCGCCGCCGCUAGCCCGCGCCCGCCCUCGCCCUCUCCCCUACCUCCGGCCCGGCCCGGCCGCGCCGCCUCUCCCUGCCGUCUCUCUCCUCGCCGUCCCCGCGUGUGGCGCGGCCGCCGGGCCCCGGGGCUAAGGCGAGGAGCCCGCGGGCGGCCGGUCGGGCGGGGCGGCGGCGCUGACAGCAUCCUGAGGUUAGCAUCACACGUCUGCCAGUGGAGCCCAUGACUUCUGAUCAGGACGCUAAGGUUGUGGCUGAACCGCAGACGCAGAGAGUCCAGGAGGGCAAGGACAGUGCUCAUCUGAUGAACGGUCCUAUAUCUCAAACCACUUCUCAGACAAGUUCCAUCCCACCUUUGAGUCAGGUACCAGCAACUAAGGUUUCAGAGCUGAACCCUAAUGCAGAAGUGUGGGGGGCUCCUGUGUUACAUCUGGAAGCAAGCAGUGCUGCUGACGGUGUGAGUGCCGCAUGGGAGGAGGCGGUUGGCCACCACGCAGACCGUGGCCCCCAGGGAUCGGAUGCCAGUGGCGAUGGUGACCAGAGCCAUGAGAACGCAGCCUUGCCAGACCCGCAGGAGUUGGACCCAGCAGACAUGAAUGCGCUCGCUCUGGGUCCCUCGGAAUAUGACUCUCUGCCUGAAAACAGCGAGACAGGAGGAAAUGAGUCUCAGCCAGAAAGCCAGGAAGACCCGCGGGAAGUACUUAAGAAAACGUUGGAGUUCUGCUUGUCCAGGGAGAACCUUGCUAGUGACAUGUAUCUUAUAUCACAGAUGGACAGUGACCAGUAUGUGCCAAUCACAACGGUGGCUAACCUCGACCACAUCAAGAAGCUCAGCACUGAUGUGGACUUGAUUGUGGAAGUGCUAAGAUCUUUACCUUUAGUCCAAGUGGAUGAAAAGGGAGAGAAAGUAAGGCCAAAUCAGAAUCGCUGCAUAGUAAUAUUGCGUGAAAUACCUGAAUCUACCCCUGUGGAAGAAGUAGAAGCACUAUUUAAAGGAGAUAAUUUACCAAAAUUUAUAAACUGUGAAUUUGCAUAUAAUGAUAAUUGGUUUAUUACAUUUGAAACAGAAGCUGAUGCACAACAGGCUUACAAAUACCUUCGAGAAGAAGUCAAAACUUUUCAAGGAAAACCAAUUAAGGCGCGGAUAAAAGCAAAGGCAAUAGCUAUAAACACAUUUUUGCCAAAGAAUGGAUUUAGACCCCUGGACGUGAACCUGUAUGCCCAGCAGCGCUACGCGACAUCGUUCUACUUCCCUCCUAUGUACAGCCCCCAGCAGCAGUUCCCCCUGUACAGCCUGAUCACCCCCCAGACGUGGUCAGCAACGCACAGCUAUCUUGACCCACCCCUGGUAACUCCAUUUCCAAAUACUGGAUUUAUAAAUGGGUUUACGUCUCCAACGUUCAAGCCUGCGGUGUCUCCUCUGACUUCUCUCAGACAGUAUCCUCCUCGAAGCAGGAAUCCUAGUAAAUCUCAUCUGCGGCAUGCAAUUCCUAGUGCGGAGAGAGGACCUGGGUUAUUAGAAAGUCCUUCAAUAUUUAACUUCACUGCAGAUCGAUUAAUUAAUGGUGUCCGGAGUCCACAAACAAGGCAAGCAGGUCAAACUAGAACACGGAUACAAAACCCUUCAGCAUAUGCCAAGAGAGAGGCUGGGCCUGGGCGCGUGGAGCCAGGCAGUCUUGAAUCCUCUCCUGGUUUAGGGAGGGGGAGGAAGAAUUCCUUUGGCUACCGGAAGAAAAGGGAGGAGAAGUUUACAAGCAGCCAGACACAGUCUCCGACGCCACCAAAGCCUCCGUCGCCAAGCUUCGAGCUGGGGCUGUCCAACUUCCCUCCAUUACCUGGAGCUGCGGGCAAUUUGAAGACAGAGGACUUGUUUGAAAACAGGCUAUCGAGCUUGAUAAUAGGACCAUCCAAAGAAAGGACCCUCAGUGCAGAUGCAAGUGUGAACACCCUUCCUGUAGUGGUCUCCAGAGAGCCCUCGGUGCUGGCUUCUUGUGCUGUAUCAGCAACAUACGAGCGAUCCCCCUCCCCAGCUCAUUUACCUGAUGAUCCCAAGGUGGCGGAGAAACAGAGGGAAGCCCACAGUGUGGACAGACUUCCUCCUGCCCUCACUGCGACCGCUUGUAAAUCGGUGCAGGUGAACGGAGCCGCCACGGUACGUACCUCGUGCCUGCCUUCCUGCACGACAGCCGCGAGGCUCUGGUGUGAACAGACGCUGCGCACUCCUGCACCUGCUCGUUUUUUAAUCACAUCUAAUUUGGAAUUGCGAAAGCCCAGCUACGCAGAGAUUUGUCAGAGAACAAGUAAAGAGCCUCCUUCUUCCCCAUUGCAACCCCAAAAAGAACAAAAGCCAAACACUGUUGGUUGUGGGAAGGAGGAAAAGAAGCUAGCAGAGCCCGCGGAGAGAUACCGGGAGCCCCCAGCCCUCAAGUCCACACCUGGAGCCCCCAGAGACCAGAGGCGGCCGGCCGGGGGCCGGCCCUCGCCCUCGGCCUUGGGGAAGCGUCUCAGCCGAGAGCAGAGCACUCCCCCCAAGUCUCCUCAGUGAAAACCGUACGUCUGGGAGGGGUCGCAGAGCGCUGUGUUAACCACAAACGACACUCAGUGCGAGGCGAGCCGCUGGUUAGGAGCUUGCAGUGUCUGAGGCCUGUGGGAUCCUCAAGUUGGUUUUCUUCUGUGAGUUGGAUUCUCCCCCUCUUGAAAAAAAAUCGAUUUUUCAGGAUUUAAUUAAUACAAACCUUAUUUUAGGUUGGUGCUUAACUGGAGGUGAUGCAUAAGUCUGAUUUUUUUUUCCAAGAUAGAGAAAGCAUUUAUCCUAACAAAUUGGUAUUUUUUAUUAAGCCUCCAUGUGGCUCUGAAUGCAAGCUAUAUAUAGUGAGUUUUUCUAAAUUAAGGGAACUCUGCUACUUUUUUUUUUUUAGUAACUGGUCUGCAAGUGCAUAUCUCUAGAAUGUCCCCGCAGAUGAAUGAGGGCCAGUGGCCUUGGCAGAGGCAGGUGUGGCCUCAUAGAGGCAGUGCUGGCCGCGCCAGGGCAACAGCACUGAUGUGGGAGCUGUGCUUCUACCUAAGCCGUUGGUGGGGGACUCUGGCAUUUAAGAAUGUAGAGAGCGCGUCCUUUUUGAUCUCCUGGGCAGAGUGAACCUGCAGCGGCCACCCCAGAGAGACCUGAAACCUUGGUUCUGAUGCACUGCAAGCAAGUAACCAGCUUCUCACUCCAGUUUCAAGUGGCUAUUAUGUAAUAUAAAUUCAAAGCACAUUGUGAAUAGAACCGAAAUGAAAACAUACACUUGGUUGCCCACUGACAUGUUACCAGAAGUUGUUCCAUGAUGUUGUUUUGACCCCUGUGAGCUGACGGCCCCAGCCCUGCUCUGUGCACAUUUCUGUCCGUGUUCCCCAGCACUCUGGUUGGAGAGAGUCCACAUCUUCAGCUCCGUGUGGACAUCGUCCCGUACCUCUGCGUCAGCACAUGGAUUUAAGAGUUACGUAAUUGUGAGAGAAUGGUGUUUGUGGUUUUUCCCCCCUCUUUGGCUGGUGGAGGAUAAAGUUCCUGCUCUUUUACCUCCAAGACGAGGGCCUCAUUGAUUCACUUCCAGAAGUGCUGCACUUCUGAAGAACAAGGAUGCACUAAAGUUAGCAAGUUUAUAAUAAAGUUAAAUAUAAAUUAUUUUGUUUUAAAAUGCCUCAAAUUUUUCUUUAAGUAUUCUAAGCAGCAGACAUUAAAAUAAGAAUAUUUCCUGCUAAAUGUAAUCAUACACUUUAUUCCACAAAAUGUUAUUUAACAAGACUGAGGGUUUUUUUUAAGAAAAAGUUAUUUCCAUCCAAUAUUUAAAGACUUGAAUUUUAUUUAAACUUGAAAAUGACUUUGCCUUAACUUUUGUAUAAGACAGCUUAGAGUCCAUGGAGCCCGGCCCUGGGUUGGCGUGAGUGGGUCAGAGUUACUCAGUUACUGUGUGGAUCUCCUGUCGCUGGUUUUACUGAGUAAGCAUAGUGUAGUACAAGAGCUAGCAGUAGUUUUUGUAAUAUACCUUAAAGAUCUUCAACAGUUGAUCUUUUUUCAGAAUGUUGGGAAAUCCUGUAAAUGCAAAUAGUCAAUACUGUAUUAAAUACGUGCACUCGGGAGUGUGCUUCGCUUGUACAGUUGUAAAUAAUCAGAACAUAUGAAAAAGGUACCUACAGAGAAAAUUCUGAUACAAAUUAUUGAUAUAUUAUAAAUGUUGCUGUUGAGCUGGAUGUAGAUAAACUAAAUGUUGUGGUUUGAAUAUUAUUUUGAUUUGUUGAGAUCUUCUUUUUUCUCUUACAUCGGUGUGUUGAACUGAUUCUGCCUCUUUGCUGCAAAAGGGAAUUGGAAAGUCUUAUUAAAAGCCUCCAGAUGCUUUCAUACUCUUUUAAAAUGUAUGUAAAUGCAUACUAAUCAUACCUAAAGUGAAAGAGUUUUAAAGUAUGUAGAGAGCAAAAACUGGCAGGAUCGUAAGUGGAGGUGAAAAGUAAUCUGAUUAAAAUCACUUGCAGCUCAGCAUGAUUGACCUGCCAGAGGAAACAUGCCUGACAUUUUUGACCAUUUCCUUUAAAGCAGUUGCCAUUAUUCAAAUACAGAGAAACAGCCAUAGGGCUAGUGUUUUUCAAAUGCAUUUUAAAGAAACAUGGGGAUUUAUUUUUUUGUAAUUGUCAGUUCACUGACCAAAAAAAAAAAAGAAAAGAAAAAUCAGAAAUAAUUGAUCUCUGAAACCCAGACUCUCAAUAUUCUAAAAGCUGGGAGGCAACCCCAAGGCCUGGCCUACGAGGUGCAUCUUUGCUACAGAAGGACCAGGGGCGCCAUCAGCCAUUCCCAAAUCACAAGGCCCUGCCCCUCCGCCAGUGAGUCCUUGGUUUUUAAUGAUGAGAAGUCCUUUCCCCCGAGGUGUGAGCGUUGCAGCGCAGUGUGUGUGUGUGUGGUUCGAGCCAGCUUAGUCCUUCACUUUGUUUGUUGGCUGAAGUGUGAGCUCAACAGCUGUGUGAAGAGGGCAGCGCGUGUGGUAGCCAGUCGCCACUGGAGGGCUCUGCUGCCAUCCGGUCAAUACACUGUAGUUACUGCCUAGCCAGCAGCAGUCUUUUGCAUCAAGAGCAGAAACCUUACUCGGAUGCGAUUUUUAUAGCAUCCUUUUUAAUUAAACAAAGGUGAGACACAGAUAGCUAUAUAAUGUCCAGAAACCCCUGAUGCUAUUUUGAAAGUGUCCACUCAGAAGAAAAUGAGAGUUAUCAUAAUGGGAAGCUGUGGUGGUCCACGCCGACUGGGCUGUGUCACAUACAGCGAUGAGAGUGGCUUUCAUGCUUUUUUUUUUAAGUUAACACCCUCCUUUACCCCCAGCAGUAUCUCAGGUUAUAGAAUCAGAGAUGCAGCAGCGACAAAUGGCAUUUUAACUUGUAAAAUCAUGUGAUGAUGCUUAUCAUUUUGAAAUAGAAGAAUAAAAACCCGGCCCCGUUGCACCAGACGUGAAUUUCAAGUGGAGUCGUCGUUCUCUGAGAGUGAGUGUCUUGACAUUUCCACCCAGGCCCUCCUGUCAUCACAUCACCGGCUGUCACUGGCGGGUGGCAGUAAACGUCCUGCGUUGCUGUAUUAGGAUCUCUGCAGUUCAGGCUUAACAACCGGUUCAGUGUAUCCGGGCGACGGGUAGCGGUGGCGCCUGCCUGUCUGCGUGCCCCGCUGGCGAGCUGUAGUUGUGACUUGUGUGCCUCGCGGCCCACUACCGGGCUGCAGACAAUCGAGGCGAGGGCACUGGCUGCCGGCAGUUCACGGUGUGGGGGCCGCGUGGACGCUCCUUGAGGGUUUCGUUUUGUUCUGCUUCUUUUCAUUAAGACUGGAAUCAAGCUUACAUGUAAACUAUUGGUAAUUUAAGUUUCCUUUGGUGUCAUUCAGUGUAAAACUGUCUAAUUUGAAAAAAAAAAUGUAGGUAAUGAAAAUAAAGAUUUAGGCACUGUUCAA